AUGUCCGUGGUGCCGCCCAAUCGCUUGCAAACCGGCUGGCCGCGGGGAGUCAACCAGUUCGGCAACAAGUACAUCCAGCAGACCAAGCCCCUCACCUUGGAGCGCACCAUCAACCUGUACCCUCUUACCAAUUAUACUUUUGGUACAAAAGAGCCCCUCUAUGAGAAGGAAAGCUCUGCUGCAGCCAGAUUUCAACGCAUGAGGGAGGAAUUUGAUAAAAUUGGAAUGAGGAGGACUGUAGAGGGGGUUCUGAUUGUACAUGAGCACCGACUACCCCAUGUGCUACUGCUACAGCUGGGAACAACUUUCUUCAAACUACCUGGUGGUGAACUUAACCCAGGGGAAGGUGAAGUUGAAGGACUAAAACACUUAAUGACAGAGAUACGAGGUCGUCAAGAUGGAGUCCUGCAAGACUGGGUCAUUGAUGACUGCAUUGGUUAA